GGACAUGAGCGUGUCUGCCUGAUAAGACCUGGCCCAUCCUAUCACGAAUUUGAUAAGCUCGUUAUCCGUCCAUCAUCGUUGCAUAUCAUUUUCUCACAAAAAUAACGGUUUUUAAGUCCUAGCUUGACUUCGAGAUGGAUUUAAGUGAAUACUGCAAAAGCUUACCGAAGAUUGAACUUCAUGCUCACCUCACAGGAUCUCUGAGCGAUGAAACAGUACUUAAGCUUCUGCGAGCAAAGCAGGCUGAAGGGGGCGCCAACCUACCCCAGUCAGCAGAGGUUACCAUCCAACGGGGCCACAAGCGCACACUUGAGGAAUGUUUUGAAGUCUUCAGGAUACUACACUGCCUAACGGACAAUCUCAGUGCAAUAAAAACCAUAGCAAGGGAUGUUAUUCAGGAGUUUGUAGCGGACAAUGUGCGAUAUCUGGAGCUGAGAACGACCCCAAAAUCCAUUAAUGGAGUAAUGACAAAGAAUCAGUAUAUCGAUACAGUUCUCGAGGCUAUGAUAGAUGAAAUGAAGCUGAACACUAUUACUAUUCGCUUACUCAUUUCCAUCGACCGUUCUCGAGGUUUGGAUGAUGCAUGGGACACGCUGCAGUUAGCUAAGCAAUAUGCAGCUCAUGAACGUUUCAAAAAUCUUAUAUGUGGAAUAGACAUAAGUGGGAAUCCCCGAGCUGGUAAUCUAGUCGAAUAUAUCCCUGUACUGCGAGAAGCAAAGCAGUGUGGACUCAAGCUUUCAGUUCAUCUUGCAGAGGUUGUAAAUGAAAAGGAAACACUGGAAGUCUUGAAGACUGAACUUAUAGACAGAAUCGGUCACGGGACAUUCAUUCACCCAGAGACAGGCGGGUCGCAGGAACUGAUGCAGCUCGUUAAAGAUCAGGGUAUACCACUUGAACUGUGUCUCUCAUCAAAUAUUAAAUCUGGGACGGUAAAAAGUGCAGAGGCCCAUCACUUUUCCUGCUGGAGGAAGGAUAAGCAUCCAGUUGUUAUAUGUACUGAUGACAAGGGUGUCUUUUCAACUACACUCAGUGAAGAAUACAAAAUAUGUGCAGAGACAUUUCAUCUCAAAAAAACAGACCUUCGUGAGUUGUGUCUGGCGGCUGUUGAAAUGACCUUCUUGUCACAAGAAGAAAAAGACAGAUUAAGGCAAACUAUUCUUAAGGAUCUUGAUAAAUUAACACACAUAGAAUCAGUAUGAUACAGUAGUUCAUUUUGCUUUUUACAUUAGGCAUAGUUACAAUGUAAAAUGCUCAGUAAGUUAUUACCAAAUGAACACUCCAAAUUACUGAAUGAAUAAGUAACACAUAUUCCUGUCGAUCUGUAAUACAUGAGGUACAUUCAUCCAAAGUGAUCAGACAAGUAAACUAUAAAUGUACGGGUUUUAUGAAGACUCAGGGCCUCAAACAUGGAACAAGCCAGAUCUAAAUACCAGUAUAAUAUGAAGGUUCUUCAUGUUUGUGACUGCAGACUAUGGCAAAUGUGUGUUUAAGUGGUAAAUGUGUUCAUUUUUGCUAUUAUUAAUUCAAAGUAUUGUUCAUAUGAAAGAAAUUGGAUAGUAAAUGAAUUUUCAAAGUGCCUUUCACAUCAUAUUAAUGAUAUUUUUAUAUUUACCCUGUCUUUUUCAUACCUUCUUAUUACCUGUACUUCGUUGUGAGAGAGAAAUACACUGAAGCCAUUGUAUUGUUAUUUGUACUCUGCUGUACCCACAUACCUUUCUAAUACCCAUCGUAAGGUAAAAGUGAUCAACAAGGA